AGAAGAGUCGAACGGUAAUUUUGAAUAGCACACUUUCCAUUAAUAAUGUCUAUUGCUCUCGUGGUGGCUCCCUUGAAAUGUUCUAGAAUCCAGCGAUUUGACCAAAAGAAAAUCAGGCAUUUAAGAAGGUUUCUCGUAGAGUUUCUUUCCAUCACGAAUAUUACGUAACUGAGCAAUGCCCAAGAAAAAUCCUCGGAAACCGGCGGGAGCUCCGAUGUCUCCAGAACGCCGAAGAGAGCUCCUUUCCAUUCAGCCGCCGAUCCUGUCUACACCACCUGCAAGUUUAGGGUACGGAGGACCUACACCGACGGACUCUUGGUGCUUCCCCAUCGCUCACAGUAGCUCGGUGGCUGCUGCUGUAGAUGACGAUGACAGUUUCAUGAGCUCAGGUGUUGUCAAUCCCAACGUUAUUUUGCCGCAAGUCCUGCCUGUCGAUGACUUCAGUCUAGAGGAAGGUCAGGGGCCGUCCACCUCUGGUACAAUCGUCAGUCCGACCUUCUACCAACUAGACCCUGGCAUCGUUGACCCUGCUGCAUUUGGCGCCAGUGGCCCACGACAUCCUGCCGCAGAGAGGUUUCCAGGACCAGUCAGUUGUGAAAGUGAGAGUGUUUACGAUCUCGAGUAUUCAACGGCACACGUGAGCUACCCGUCCUUCUCAGAGGGUACAGACCCCGGAACGUCGGGUUAUCCAAAUUAUGCAGCCACCGGUUAUCAGUCAGAGGAUGCUGCGAGUUCAUUAUCCAGUUAUGUACGUCAGUCACUGGCAGUUAGUGACAACGUCAGUUAUCUCUCUGGAGCAUCAUCAGGAGACCUGGUUAAUCCUUCCCCUGGGUCAUAUGACGACCCGGCCGGAAGAUUUGCUCCAGGCGUGAGGACUCGCCAGUUAAGUGUCCAGUCGACUUCUGAAGAAUCGGAUGCGCCAUCAUCAUCAUCGGGCUCCCAUUCGAGGAAAGGCAGUUACAAGCACCGCCAUAGGCGAGUCUAUGGGUUGACGCAGGAGGACCAGGUGGAGCGAAGUAAAGCCCUGAAUAACGAGGCCUGUCUGCUCUACCGCGAAAGGAAACGUAAGAAAGAGCGGGAUCUUGAAGCUGAAACGACGCAGGAGGAAGAGAGGCAACGGAGGCUACGUCGGGAAGAGCAAGGAUUACAGAAAACUUUGGAAAUCUUUAAAAAAGCGCUUGGAAAGAGAGGUGAUCGCGGCCGGCCGGAUGACGGAAGUCAAAACCUGUAAAGUUUGUUUUUCUGGGAAACAGAACGAAAGAAAUUUGGAUGAAUGGGACAGUCUUCCAGCCGUUAUUUAAUCUCUUUCGACUUUAUUUGGAAUAAUAUAAAGUGAAUGUAUCGCUUAAUGAUACUGAGGAAAUACUAUUCAUUCAUAGUAACCUCAUGAAUUGACUGUUACUAAUUGUUACUUUUUACGCGUAUCCACCGGUGGUUUUCCAUAAUAUUGCAUAUGCCAUAAUAUUCCGUAAUAAUUCAUUUCCUAGUUUUGUCUGUUACAUCAGAUAAAAUUCUCUCUUUAUUUAUAGCAUUGGCGCCGAAGUUUAAGAUAAAAUCGGAUUUCCAAAGGUAUCCAUCUACCUAGUAAGGGUCUGUCGCGU